CAUAUCCUUCCCUAAUCUUGAAUCCAUUCACAAAGUCGAAGUGACUUGCAUUAGCUUCUCUUAGAGUUUCUUCGCACACAAUUCCAUGGCUAGUCCAAUAAUUUUCAUGUCCUCAUUGGUCUUAGCACUAGUGAUGGCAUUGGGGAGUCUGGCUCCUCAGGCUGAAGCGGCCAGGGCAUUUUUUGUGUUUGGAGAUUCACUAGUUGAUAAUGGUAACAACAAUUAUCUAGCCACUACGGCACGUGCAGAUUCACCUCCUUACGGCAUUGAUUUUCCAACACAUCGACCCACCGGUCGAUUCUCUAAUGGCCUUAAUAUUCCUGAUUUUAUCAGUCAAGCAAUUGGGUCAGAGUUUCUGUUGCCAUACUUGAGUCCACAGCUUAAUGGACAGAGGCUACUUGAUGGUGCCAAUUUUGCUUCUGCAGGAAUUGGAAUCCUCAAUGACACUGGAUUUCAGUUUGCAAACAUAAUCAGAAUGUUUCAACAAUUAGACUACUUUGAGGAGUAUCAAAGGCGUGUCACUGCUCUCAUCGGAGCUCAGAGAACACAGCAACUUGUUAAUGGGGCAAUUAUUCUCAUCACAGUAGGUGGCAAUGAUUUUGUUAACAACUACUACUUGGUGCCAUACUCUGUAAGAUCUCGCCAAUACAGUCUGCCUGAUUAUGUCAAAUUUCUCAUUUCCGAGUAUAAGAAGCUUCUCACUAGGCUAUAUGAUCUCGGAGCACGAAGGAUUCUUGUGACAGGGACAGGUCCACUUGGCUGUGUUCCAGCAGAAUUGGCGAUGAGAAGCAGAAAUGGGGAGUGCUCAGCUGAGCUACAACGAGCUGCGUCCUUAUACAAUCCUCAACUCACUCGGAUGCUAGACCAACUCAAUAGCCAAUAUGGUUCUAACAUCUACUUUGCUUCUAAUACUGGCAGAAUGACUGCUGACUUUUUUAAUAAUCCUUCAGCGUUUGGAUUUGUUACAUCAAAGAUAGCUUGCUGUGGGCAAGGACCCUAUAAUGGCUUAGGAUUAUGCACACCAGCUUCAAACUUAUGUGCUAACAGAAAUGUGUAUGCAUUUUGGGAUCCAUACCAUCCAUCAGAAAGGGCAAACAGGUACAUUGUUGAACAGAUUCUGAGAGGCACAACUGACUACAUGAGCCCCAUGAAUCUCAGCACCAUUUUGGCCCUGGAUUCCAGGACCUAGUAAAUUAGUUAAUUACUUUGUCCCCACUUAAUAUUAUGUAGAAUAUAAGUUAAUUAGUGUUUUUUAUUUAAUUUACUGCUGAUUUUCUAAAGAAAUUCACGCGUGCUUUUGUUUCUGUGUUGUAUUAAAUUAAGUAUUCUCUGUACUCGUUUGUACACUCAAUUAUUCAAUAAAUGACAUAUUAGUUAAAAUCA